CAGAACAUCCAUCCAUCCAACAAAGAGUGGUCUUGUCCUGGAGUUACGGUGCAGCCACAGGAGUAUCGAAUGGGACAAAACCAGGGCAAGGAGGGGGAGCUAGGGCAGGACAACAGCUCUGCAGGACCAGAGGAAAAGGGACCAAGCCCAGACCCCGGGGGGGCUAAAGAGGAAGGAAAUCUAACCAUUGAAACUCAUGGUGUCGAGAACACAGCCGGUGGAGGGUUGGAUGGAGGCCCAGGCAGGGAGUCACCAUCACCUACACCAAUGCACAGUUUGGAUUCUCAUGAUAAGGUGUGCGCUCCCACGGAUGGGGGGGCUGCGGAGGGAGGGGAUGGCGGGAAAGAGGGAGGAAGAAAGAGUAGUGAGGAAGGCAGGGCUGGACCGCUGGCUCCACAGCAGCUGAAUGGAAUCGCACAGUCUGACAGUGAACCAGACCACGAGAGAAAAGACUUGGAGAGUACACUAGAAGACCAUCAGGGGAACUUUAGGUGUGACCUUCCUGCUAAAGACAAAGUUGAAAGCGGUUGCAAAGGAGAAAACAGGAGUAAGAAGUGCGCUUCACAUGCAAAGAACGAAAUGGUGUCUGUCUGUGGAGAUGACGACAAGCUAAAGAGCCAGGAAGAGGACAGAAAACUCGAUUUUGAAGCCACCUGUGAUAUUACAGGGCCUACCUUGGAGAUUCUGGAAGGGAAGGACGUUUCAAAACCACGUGGUGGGGACGCCAACACAAAUGUUCACUUCACAGUUCAAGACCAAGCGUUAGUCACUACAGAAAACGUCAAGUUGAAGACCAGCAUGACUGAAUCGCAAAACAAGAGGCCGAUUAACAAGCCCACAACAUCACAAGCGGAAACAUCAAAGGACAUCACUGAGGCAAUUGAGCACAGCAACGAAGAAAUACAGAAGAAGCUGCCAGAGAAUCCAGAUAAGGUUGUAACAGAAACGUCAAACUUUGAACGUUCCUCCCCGAAGAACGUCGAAACCCAAGGGUGGUCAGUGAAGGAUGUCUACGGAGCCAGAGAACCAGAAACCUCCAGCGCCGAACGCUCGUCCCUGAUGAAUGCAGAAACCCAGGGGCGGUCGAUGAAGGAUGUCUGCAGAGCCAGAGAAAACGUUACGGGGCGUCAGCCAACAGAUGAUGUCAUAAAGACCAGAUUUACUAGUUCAUCUCUGGCAGGUGCGGAUUUACAAAGCAAAGCUGUGAGUCUGAGCCCAGAGGACCUCAGCGCCUUAGAAGUGGCAUCCAAGUCACCUCGACAAAUAUCUGCGGGCGAAUUCCCACAGGACGAGCUUCAGAAAGAAAGGCAAUUUAAUGUGGCAGACUCGGAGAGCCCUUGGACCAAGGAACCUUCACUUGGGAGAUCACCCGCUGGAGGUCAUAAAAAUAAAGAUGGCAUGAGAGAGAGUGAAGAAAGAGAAAAUCUGGAAUCUGCUUCAAAGGGUCCCUAUCAUUCCCAUGCAAAGAAAACCAAGAUAAAAGAUCUUUCUCUGCGUGGAACAGAAACGGAAGAGGGUUGUUUUGUGACAUCUAAUAUUGCCAGUGUAUGUAUGCUGGGUGAAAACAAACCACGGCUACAAAGCUAUGAAGAUGAGAAAUGUAUUGCAUUCUCGGAAGACAUUACAGAUUCGAACCCCCCUUGUAAAUCUGAUGUUCAAGUUAUGCAAACAAAUGAAAAAGAGGAUUCCCCUCUUUCAGUAUGCACAGAGAAAAGUCUGGAAUGGUUUCUGGCUGAAGCAGCGAUAAAACCCCUUCCAGAGACAGUGAAGGAUACUACACAUGAGAUGGAUCCAGAAUGUUCCUCUUCUGUAAGUGAUCCUACAAAACAACAGAGGUUAGUGGGAAACGCUAACUCGGGCGACAAGACGUCAUCAGAGAGAAACAAGGUCGGCAAGUCUACUAUCAGCUUGCGUAAGGAAACAUCUGCAACUGGUUCCAUCUCUGAGCUCAUUGCUGGUCCUGAGACAACUUCAGGUCGCAUAGAUGAUAGGCCAAGUGUGCACCAGAAAACAGAAGUCACUCUGUCUGGCUCUUCUCAGCUUCAAGAAAAAUGUUUUUUGAAGGUUUUAACAAAUGCGUCAACCCAUUCCACUGUAAGCCCGACAGACGUAUCCGGUCAGGUCCGGGAUGGUUGUGCUGCCGGAGCUGCAUUAACAGACAACGCAGCAAACACAUCUGCUGCACAAGAUGUGCAACAUUCCUCCUCCAUGUGCAACCUUAUAAGCAUGCAAGCUAACGAGAAACAAGAUAAACAGCAGAACAAGCGGUCGACAAAAGCAAAUUGUCAUGUGUUACAGGAGAAACAUUCAAGCCAGCUUGACCAAAAGCACGCAAUAGAAAGCAGCCCAACCACUAUCAUGGAAGCACCACAGGGUGCACAGAAAAGACAUGUUUCUGAUAUGAUAAAGGAAACUAUUGAAUUGCAGAAGAAGAUGAAGGAGUGGACCAAGCCAGCUGAGGCCCAGGUCGAUCUGACCUUAGAUCCAACACAGUCUGUGAAAGUGUCACAGAUGAAAGCAGCAUUUGAUCCACCGAAGAAAUCACCUGACAAAGCACUAGAGAGAAAACCUUCAGUAAGAAAAGGUAGGAACAUUUCUGAGAAGGAUGCUAUUCAUGUAAUGCACGGACCCCUUGGUGGAUAG